UGGCAACCAGAAACAAGCACCCACAUAUAACUGAUUGUAUUAUGGAUUAUUAUUAUGAUUAUUAUUAUUAUUACUAUUACGUGAUAAGCGGGUAACCAAUAUCACAAAGUAUAAAAAAUGGUCACAGAAAAUCAAUUUUACUGUUAGAUACAAUAAAUAUAUAAGUCUAAUUUGCAUUCACAGUGAUUGGUAAUAAUAGUCAACGUCGUUUUGUUAUUGUUAUUGUUGUUGCUGUACACAUAGUUUGAUUGUGAUAUAUUUCAUUAUUCAUAUGCAACGACGAAUAUACGAAUAUAUUGGAAUAUCUAUCUAUGUGUAAUAUAACAGUAUAAUCUAUUAUUCCUUCCUCAUAUUAUAUCCAUUGAAACUUAUUAUAAUCCUUGAUUACAUAAUAAAUAGAUUAAUUGCUUAUGAAUAAGAAUGCUUCCAUUACUUGAAGAGAUCAAUUUAAAUUGUCAAUUAUCAAAUGAAUUAUGUCUAUUUAAACAAUACGAUGAUAUUCAAUGGUCAGUAGAUGAAAAGGAAGAAAUAAGUGAAACAAAUGAAAUAAUAAACAAUGAUUUCCUAUCUCAAACUGAAAACAAUAUACAACAUGAUGAUUUGAAUAAACCAAAUGAUUAUAUGAAUGAAAUAUUCACAGAUAUACCGGAUGAUUUAGCUUGGCAAUCCACUUCACCAUGUUCAUCUGAAUCCAUUGAUUCAUUUUCAUGUAGUCGUAAUGAUUUAAGAAAUGAUGUAGAAGAUCAUUUAUUAUCAAAUCAAAAAUCAUUCUCUUCAGAUAAAUCAAUUGAAUGUAUGAAUAUAGAUAAGAAUAUGUCAACAAUGAAUAUUUUAAGUAUAUCAAAUCAUUUUGAAAAUACAUUAGAUCCAUCAUUGUUUUAUGCAAUGGAUUAUACAAUGACACAUAAUUAUUGUUUAAAUGAAUAUGAUAAUCAUCAUAGAAAUGAUGAAGAAUUAUUCAAUAAUAUAAAGGAACAAACAAAAAUCACUUCAAAUGAUCUUAAUGAAGAUGAGUCUCAAUUGGAAAGUACAGAUAUAGCUUGGAUGGAUACAUUAGAUGUUUCUAUUAAUUCAUUAAAAUCUACAUCAGAAGAAAUCAAUAAAUUUGAUUAUUCAAUAUCAUCACCAUCAUCAUCUCCAUCCUCAACACCAUCAUCGUCGUCAUCAUCAUCACCAUCAUCAUCCUCAACACCAUCAUCGUCAUCAUCACCAUCAUUAUCCUCAACACCAUUAUCGUCAUCAUCACCAUCAUCAUCCUCAACACCAUCAUCAUCAUUAUUUCAACAUAAUUAUGAUCGGAAUAAUAAACGUUUACAAUUGAAUCAGAAUUCAAUAUUCAAUGAUAAUGAAUUCAUUUCUAAUGAAAAAGAACACUUUGAACAUAAACUCCCAUAUAAUAAUGAAAAGAAUAAUGAUGAAUAUAAUUCAGAUAGUACAUUAACAUGUUCCGAAGCUGAAUAUUAUAAUAAUUUAAUACGUCAAAAACGUUUAAGAAAAUACCGAACGAAUAAACGAAAAUUUAAGCAUAGAUCUUUAAUUUCAAAUGAUCAAGAUGGAUCAUAUUCACCAUCAUCAUCAUCAUCUUCUUCUUCUAAUGAUGAUGAUGAUGAUGAGGAGGAGGAGGAGGACGAGAAAGAAGAGAAGAAAAAGGAGAAAGAAUAUGAAAAGAUAAUAAAUAAUCAAUGUAAAAAGUUUACUUAUCAUUCAAUUACUACUAAAUUACAUCAUCGAAAAAAAUCUCCUUCAUCAGAGCAUUAUAUACAAUUAUCAAAUGAAAUAAAUGAAUAUAAAUCAUGGUGGCCUAAUCCUAUUACACGACGUAUGCAUAAAGAUUUCCGUUCAACACUUUGGUUAUCUAAUGAAUUAUUAGAUUCCAAUGAUAAAGAGAUACAACAACAAUUUACCACUUCAAUGAAUAAAAUCAAAUCAAGAAAACAUCGUAAAUUUACCCAUUCCCAUUCACAUAAUAAUCAUGAUCGAUAUAAAAAUAAACAAAUGGAAUUAUGGCAAUUUAUAUUAUACAGUUUAGAGAUUAGUAAAGAUAGUGCAUUUCAAUGGGUUAAUAAAUCAACUGGAUUAUUUCGUAUUGUAAAUACACAAUUAGCAGCAAAAGAAUGGGGUUAUUAUCGUAAUAAUAAAUUAAUGGAUUAUGAAAAAAUGGCAAGAGCUAUAAGAUUUUAUUAUAAAGAUUCAAUAUUACGUAAAUCACGUCAACAAUUACAUUUUCAAUUUGCUAUGCCUUAUGUAAAAUGGGCUGAAAAAUUUUAUGAAAAUAAAAAAACAUUUUUUUAAAAAUUCCACUUCAUUUUGAAAACAAAACAACGACAACAACAACAACAAAAAAAACACCACAGCAACAAAAACAACAACUGUACAUUUUCAUUGUAUUCCUUAUUGUUUCAUUCAAUUGUUUAUAUUAUCCAUUACAGUUUAUUUAAUUCUUGUGAAUAUUAUUGAUUGAUGUUAUCCAAUAAAAAAAGAUAUUAUAUAUUAAUAA